AUGGAAGAGAACGCGCCGUUGAGCUUGCCCCCUGCACAACAAAAUGAUCAGGAGAACCUAACAGUGGGUGGGUCUUUCGUACAGCCCGCUGGUCCAGCUCGAAAGAACUUUACGACAGCCGAUGAUCUGAUUUUACUGCGCGCUGUCAACACGAUCAAGCCGUGGGAAUCCGCGAAAGACAUCUGCAAUGAAACGGCUGGUUUCGUGCGAGACAAGCAAGGCCCAGCGCUGCGUACGCGCUUUGAUAAGCUUAUUCGUCAGCAUCGCGACGCACAAGUAGUUUCAAGGAGGUCGUCUGGAACGACGGAAGAGUACAACGAGAGAGACGUGCUCUUGCAAGACAUUGUCACCCGUAUGGACGACUGGAAGGAGCGUCAAGAUAGCGAAAAGCAGCUCCAGCGUGCCAAAGAUAAUGGCAUUGAGGCGUCGGGUGUCUUAAUGCGUCGAUUGGCAAUGGGAGAGCUGGUGGAAGAGCUGCAAUCCGACACAAAUUCCAACAGUGAUGAAGGCAACGAGGGACAAGACGAAGAGCACGAGUUAAAACUGGAACAGCAGCGUCAAGAAGCUGAGCGCGCACGUGAUGAGCGUAUGCAAGCUGCUGAACGUGACCGCGAGAAGUUUAUGUUGCAGCUACUGGAAAUAGCUCUCGGACGUGCAAAAGACAAACAGUAA